AACAAGUGGCAGGAUCUUGUUGAGAUUGUUCUAGAACCUAUUAACAAGUGGCAGGAUGUUGGACCAGAUCAUUUUAACAUAUUGGAUGCUUUUUAUGCUGAGCCACAAAGAUAUGCAUAUACCUUCCAAAACUAUGUUUUUGUUAUAAGAGUUAUGCAGGAAAGGGAGUCUUCUGGUGGAAUUAAGCCUCUCAGAUUGAUGGAAAGGACUGUUUUCAGCGAUAGGAUGGUCUUUGUGCGAGCUGUUUAUGAAGCUAAUUGGAUGAAUGAGAUGGAGAUCAGUAUUUAUGACUCGUGGUUUGAUCCAGUUGUUUCUUGUUUACCUGGGCUUAUUCCUAAUGGUUUUAUCUAUCUUAGAGCAACCCCUGAUACUUGCCACAAGCGGAUGUUGCUACGGAAGAGAGCAGAGGAAGGUGGAGUCUCCCUUGAGUAUCUUCGCGACUUGCAUGAAAAACAUGAGAGUUGGCUUUUCCCUUUCCAGAGUGGAGAUCGAAACUAUGAUUAUUGUUACUCUUCCACCAUAUCAUUUUCUUUUUAA